AAUGAAUUCAUGUACUGCCACACCAGCUUAUAUUAAUACUCCAAAAGCUUAACAAAUUGGAGAGAACUUCUUUAUACAAUAAUUUUAAGUCAGUUGUUUAGGAUAAUUUUCCUAUUACAUUGAAUCCAACAACGAAGCUGCCAUAAUUGACCCUAUGAGAGACUAUGAAGAGUAUAUGUAUUAGAACCCAUCCUAUAUUUAUUAGUAAAUUUUGUGAAUCAAGAAAUUCUGUUAUCAAAUAUGUUAUAUUAACUCACCUUCAUGCUGACUUUGUGGCAGGACACUUAGAUUUGGCUAAAAUUACAGGAGCUCAAAUUGUACUGGGUCCUUAAGCUGUUACUUAGUAUUAAGUUAAAAUUGCAUAAGAUGAAGGUAUCCAUCUUAAUAUCAAUCAUUAGAACUAUUACCUUUAGGAAGAGCAUAUCUUAGAGUUUUACAUACGCCUGGCCAUACUUUAGAAUCAAGUAGUUUGGUACUAGUAAUGGAUGGUAAAGACCAUGUAGUUUUCAGUGGAGAUUCUCUCUUCCUUGAAGAAGUUGGCAGACCCGAUCUUGCAUCUAAAUCCUCAGGUUUAACUACUCAGCAACUUGCUUAACUUCUUUACAAUUCUCUGAGAAAUAAAGUUAUGAAACUUAAUGAUGAUGUCAUUCUCUAUCCUGGACAUGGAGCAGGAUCUUCAUGUGGUAAAGCUAUUGGAGCAGGAACAGUAAGUACUAUAGGUGAAUAGAAACUCAAAAAUUGGGCAUUAUAGAACAUUACUGAGGAAGAGUUUGUUAAAAUAUCAACCGAUAUACCAGCUCCUCCUUAGUAUUUCUUCCACGAUGUACAAUUAGUAAUUAUUUGAAAUAUUUACAUCUUAGAACCGUCAAGGGGCUAAUGAUCUUUAAAAUAUUAAAUCAAAAGUUACAAAAGCAUUGAGUUAUUAAGAGUUUACUCAAGUUGCUGCUGAUGGUGCCUUGAUAUUAGACUCCAGAGAUAUUAUCAAUAAAGGAAUUAUCAAAGGCUCCAUUAACAUUACAUAAGUUGCUACUCUUGCUUCUUUUGUUGGCAUACUCUUCAAACCUGAUUAAAGAAUUGUCAUUGUUGCAGAUGAAGGCAAGGAAGAAAUAACAAUUAUUAGACUACUUAGAAUUGGAUAUGAAAAUAUCUUGGGUUAUUUGGAAGGAGGAUUUGAUAAUUAUGUUAGAAAUGGAGGAGAAGUUUAAUAAUUAAAUAUAGUUGAUUUGAAAGAUUUCUUAGAUACUAAGGAUUAACCUCAAAAUCAUGUGUUUAUAGAUUGUAGAAACCCUGUUGAAUUUAAAACAACAGGAAUAAUUCCAGGAUCUUUGAUGAUCCCUUUAUUCUAAAUAGAAAAUCAAGUAAAUAUCCAUCUUCAUUUAAUUUAGCUUGAUUUGAUUCCAAAAGACAAGACAUUACAUAUCUAUUGUCGUUCAGGAGCCAGAGCUAAAACUGCUGCUACAAUAUUAUUAAAGCAUGGUUAUUCAGACUUUGUUCUAAUUUAGAAUGCUGGACAUGAACAUAUUGUUAAAGAACAUUAAAUUCAAGUCCAAAAGGUCGAAUGAA